AUGUUAUCAUCUAAUUCUAAAAGAAAAAUAUGUGGAUUUUUACAUCAUCAUUCAGAUAAUACUAUUCAAGAAGGAUCUAUAAUUAAAUACCAAUAUGAUAUAAAAUAUUACAAAAUUAUACUAUAUAAUAUAAAAGAAUAUCUUUAUAUAAUUUUUAUUAGUAAAGGAAUACAUAAAUAUUCUUCUCCUCCUAGUAAAGUUCCUAAUAAAAUUACUAAUAAGUUAAAAGAUAUUAUCAAAGAAGCAUCUGAAGAAUUA